UCCUAACCCAAUUUGGUUGGACGCGUAGAACAGGUGAAGUGGCGGCGGACUCUUCUUGCUCGCUGCCGGCUCCUCUCUCUCUCUCCCGCGAUGCUCGUCCCCCUUUGUGCCCCCUUUCUCUCCCUGCGGCGGCCGCCACCAGAUGUUCGCGUCGAAGACUCGCAUCCUCUGCUCCGUCAGAAGAAAGCUCAUAUAUUCUCGCUUCUCCUAUUCGGCCGCCGCCUCCGUCUCCUCUUCCCUUCCCAUCUCCGACUCCGACACGCCGCCUCCCUACGAGGACAUCCCCGCUGCCCACGGGUCCCUCUGCCUUUCCCUCCUCCUCCGCCUCGUCCGCCGCGGCUUGCUCUCCGCCGCGUGUUCCGUCCUCGACCGCAUCGUGACGAGGUUGCCCAUCUCCGACGCCACCGCGGCGGUCGACCUCGUGGCGUUCCUCGGCCUCUCCCCUGACCAUGGACGCCUCAUACGCUCCCUCGUUUACUCCGAACAGUUUCUAAAGGCCGAAGCUCUCUUCGCGCACGCCACCAGCGGUGCACUCUCCGAUGAUCCCUCUGUGCUGGAUGCCAUCAUAGAAUGUCUUUGCAAGAUGGGGAAGUUGGUAGAGGCCAAAUUCCAUCUGGACCAGAUGAUAAAACUUCAAACUUUGCCAUCGCAGAGGACGUAUAACGCAUUGCUGCGCGCGCUCUUUACGGAAGCAAAGUUCUUGGAAGCUGUGGACCUCUUCUUGCUAAUGGCAGGCGCCGGCGUUUACCCUUAUUUAUUGUGUUAUAAUCUAUUAAUCCCUAAUUUGUGUUCAAAGGGUUACUUGGGUCAGGCACGUUACCUGUUUGAUACAAUGAUCGGCACAGGCUUGCACCCUGCUGCCCAUGUGUACAAGUCCUUAAUUUGUGGAUAUUGUAAGGAGGGAAGGUUGGAACCGGCUCUGGAUAUUUUCAAGGCAAUGAAGGAAAAUACUUUCUUGAAGCCAGAUUCCUAUGCCUACAAUUCCCUGAUACAUUGCUUCCUGAAACUUGGUUGUGUUGAUUCAGCAUUGGAGCUGUACAAUGAAAUGAUUGAGACCGGAUUGCAACCUAAUGUGGUGACUCACAGUAUGAUGAUCUGUUGGUACUGCAGGAACCACAAGCUGGAUUGUGCUUUGAAGCUGCUUGAUAUGACCUUUAGACAUGGUUUAGUUCCUGAUGUCCAAUGCUUCAGAGUUGUGACAACAGCGCUUUGCAAGGAAAACAGAUUGGUAGAAGCUGAGCAGUUGUUUGAUAAGAUGUUGGAAAGUGGUCUCAUCCCAGAUCCUAUGAUGUUUGUUUUGCUGAUUCAGAAUUUUCCGAAAGGUUAUGGAUUUAAAUUUCUUUGGAAGACUCUGCAGGCUAUAGCUAAGGCAAACAGUACUGCUGAUAAUUUAUAUUCCUCAGUACUUUCCAUUUGUAGUUCAGAUGAAAAGUCUCUAAAAGAAAUAGCAGUUCUACUUGACGAGAUCAUGAAGUGUAAUGUGCUUCCUAUUGAUGUGGUUCUUAAUAUAAUGAUAAGCACCAUGUGUGCAGAAGGAAAACUUGGUGUUGCUUAUUGUUUGAUGGACCAAAUGGUUAGUUCUGGCUGUGAACCUUCAAUUUCAACAUACAAUUUUCUACUAAAAUGCCUAUGCAAAGAGAACCAGAUGGACGACGUUCGACUACUCCUGAACCUAAUGCACAGCAGGGGAGUGGUAGGGAAUGAGGCUACUUAUUCCAUUGUGAUACAUGCAUAUGGAAAACUUGGGGACAUAGACUCAGCUUUUGAAUCAUUUGAUCAGAUGAUUGAUCAAGGUGUUGAGCCUAAUGUCGUUAUCUAUGACUCGAUAAUCAGUUGUCUGUGCAGAAUGGGAAGGCCAAGGGCAGCUGAGCUAGUGUUUGACAGAAUGAUAGGAGGAGGGGUCAUGCCUGAUGAAGCUGCCUAUACUACUCUUCUAAAUGGUUACUCUAAAAUUGGCAGGCCUUUUGAUGCUUGUCGCCUUUUUGAUGAGAUGAUAGAUCAGGGUUUGCAGCCUAGCUCCCAUGCCUAUAGUGCACUUAUAAACGGACUAAUAAAAAGAAACAUGUUUAGAAAAGCCUGCCAUUAUCUGGAUAAGAUGUUGAUGGAUGGGUUUCUUCCAGAUACAGUUCUCUAUACAAUGCUAUUUAGUCAGUUCUUCAAGAAAGGGGACGUAUCCUUAGCCCUGGAUCUAGUCGACUUGAUGAUGAGAAACCAGAUUGAACCUGAUCUGAUUACCUAUGGAUCAUUAGUUAGUGGGCUUUGCAGAAAUGUCUUGCGUCGAAAUAGAAUGCCUCCUCCAUUGUCUUGGAAACUGGAAGACGCAAGAUGCAUGCUUUUCAGGUUGCUGCCACAGAAAACUGUGUGCCUAGAAAAGAUAGAACACAGGGAUUAUUGCAGAUCAACUGCACAAACGAUUGAGCUUGCGUUAAAUAUAAUGCAAGAUCUAGCGGACAAUGGGAUGAUGCCAGAUCUUCAUGUUUAUAAUGGAAUGCUCAAUGGAUUAUGUCGAGCUAACAUGAUUCAAGAUGCUUAUGAUUUGGUUACACUAAUGCAGAAAGUUGGCAUCAUUCCCAACCAGGUGACCUUUACAAUUUUAAUGAAUGCCCACAUCAGAGUAGGUGAGAUUGACCGUGCUGUUCAGUUAUUCAACCACAUGAAUGGAGAUACACAUGUUCCUGAUAAAAUCUCCUAUGACACAUUAAUUAAGGGUUUUUGCAAGGCUGGAAGAGUUGAUGAGGCUCUGUCGCUUGUUAAAAUGAUGCAGAAAAGAGGCUUUUGCCCAAGCAAUACUGCAUAUGAUACACUAGCUGAAUCUCUGUUUCUUAGUUCUUCCACUGACCUUGCCAUCAAGCUGCUUGAGGAGAUGCUUUCUAAUGGUUAUGUGCCACGGCCUAGUAAUUUUUAUAAGUUGAUCUGAUUUCUCUCUGAAAGUAAUUUGUUUGAGGCUCAUAGAUUUUUUAAUAUGAUGCUGAAAAGAGGAAAAAGUCCGGAUCAGGAAACAAAGAUGCAUUUGGUUGAAAUGUGUUUCAGGCAUGGACUAUUUGACAUGGCUUUUGAGAUUGAAGGAAACACAUUAAUCCAUGAGAACUCUCGACGGAGUGAGUGCCAUUAAGCAUCAAAAGUUAUUGGAAUCGUGCCUGAAAUUUUUGAAUGCUUAAUUGAUUUUCGUCCUUCAUUAACCUUCUAUUUAAGGACAAUUACAUAAGCUGACAAUUAAAUUGUCAAGCGGCAUGGGCGUAAGUUCCAGGCUUGUGCUAAUGAAAGGACAAGAAGAACCUGGAUGCUGCUCUUCAAAUGAAAGAAUUCAAGUUGCACGAUAACUAUUUCAGGUUAUUGUUUGAUCAAGUUCUAUUUGACGAACUAUUCAAAUGCAUGAGGACCACGUCCAAUAGACAAGGGAGUGAAUUAUGUUGCUGUCAGUCACCCUCUACAUGAUGAAGCGUGUUCCAUGUGGUGCUCAAUGGAAGUUGAACAGUGAUAUGCUAGACAUGAGAAGCAGUGGUGAAGGCACACUGUGGUUAACUCCCAGUGGUUAAAUAAAUAUCCAUUUUUGGUGCACUUAUUAAGUGGGAGUUCAGCAAUACAAAGGAGACCGAAUCAGGAAGCUUCUCUAUAUUCUUUUAUUCAACAAUUGCUUGCACGUAUAUUUGGGAAUUUGGAUGUGGUGGAGAUGAUUGCCUUUGCUUACAUGUAAAUGUUAGGUACCGGCAUCUUCGACGAUGAUGUGUCUUGCACCGGCAUCGGUCUUAUACGCCCCAUUUGUGAAUGUUGUCAUUUUAAUUGGGGUUAAUGUUUGCCUAUGCCUCAACUAGAGACAAACCGUUUCGGCCUUUUCCUGUUAGUUGCAAUGCUUCUCAAAAGGGACAAAUAGUGGGAUCGUUAGGUAGCGUCAAAGGCACUGCAUUGUUAUUUGGACUGGGCGGAAAAGGUUCCUAUAUAAGCUGUUCUACACAUCACAAGUGCUUAUUUUAUCUAUGUUACCUGGGACCAUUGGAGUGGGUACAAGAAAUUUCUUACUACAGUACUUUGAGGCAAGGGCCCUCCACCCUAUGUAUCUAAUACACAUCUUAAUGUAUUCAUACAUGCAUGUUACUGUAGAAUUGUGGAUAGUUUUCUUGCUAUUGUAGAUUGCUUCAAGCCGUC